UGUAAAGUUUCAGUGCAAUACAUGCAUGGUUACUAAGAUAUGAACUUACACGCAAAACUUUCAACAAGCAAAACUUUAACAACGGUAUAAUAGCUCGCACCACUAUUCUUCGAAUAGGCGAGCUAAGAGGCCAAAAAUCUUACAAUAUGGAACAUACAUCAAGGCUGUAAACAGUGUACAGAAAGAAAGUCGGUUUUUGCAUAAGAAUAUGAAGCAAAUAAGUACAGAAGACAUAACUCUUAUUAAAAUGGUUACAAACUUAUUUCCCCUUUCACAUUUUGAUCUGUCUAUUCUGCUACUUAAGAGAAAAUAAUUACAUAUAGCUAAGUGAUUAUAGCCUUUUCAAACAAGCUUUCUAUUUGAUCGUCUUUCAAAGAAAAAAGGUUUCAUAAACUGUUGCUAAAGAGUAAAAUGGAAUGACUUGCGACCCUUUUUCAUCUUAGAUAUCAACGAGUGUGCAAGCAACCCUUGCCGGAAUGGAGGCACUUGCAACAACUUGAAUAAUCGCUACACAUGUACCUGUCCAGUUGGAUGGAAUGGAACUAACUGCGAAUCUGAUGCAAUAUCUCAUCGUUUGAUUGGCGGCCAAGGUAACUUUGAAGGGGUACUAGACAUUGACUAUAAUGGCAACUGGGGAACAUUCUGCAGCAGUAUGUUUUCCAACCAAGAUGCAAACGUUAUAUGCAGAAUGGCAGGAUUUUCAUCCGGCGUGUCCGUAACAGGCUUGGUUUAUGGACAGUUAAAUUAUGGAACAGUAUGGACAGGAAACAUGAGUUGUGCUGGGACAGAAACUCACAUACGAUCUUGCAGAAAUAUUGAUCACGCAUUUGGACACAAUGCAGCUUGCAAUCAAUGCCAUGCCGUCGGAAUAAUAUGCAGUCACACUUCUGUUAAACUUGUUGGCAGCUCGCUACCAUCGGAAGGUCGUGUAGAAGUCCUCCAUAAUGGCAUUUGGGGAACAGUAUGUGGGACAUAUUUCACUCAGAACGAUGCAAAUGUUAUUUGUCAUAUGCUUGGCUUCAGUCACAACGCUCUUGGAAUACAAAGGAAUGUCACAGGUGGGUUAGGGCCAGUUUGGCUUAAGUCUCUCGGUUGCACGGGAAAUGAAGCAGACAUUCAAUUUUGUGCUCACGGGAGCUGGGACAAUCAUACAUGUGACCAUACUGAUGACGUAUCUAUAAAGUGCCAAGCUACACAGGUUCGACUUUACGGAGGCUCGGGGUUUUGGGACGGCACGUUAGAGAUUAACUUAGAAGGGAGUUGGAGAACUGUUUGUGAUCAAAAUUUUGGACAGGAUGAAGCACGUGUAGUGUGUAACAUGCUAGGAUAUAAUUCAUCAGAUGUGAAACAUUUUAUAUAUAAAUCAAACUAUUUCGGCGACAACAAAAGUGGUGUUCUGGACAGAGUGAAAUGCAACGGCAAUGAAAGUGAUAUCCGUCAGUGUGUCUCUUCGUUCCAGACGUCUUGCUCGUCUUCAAAUGCUGUGGGACUAAAAUGUGGUGGCGUACAGGUUCGCCUUGCUGAUGGUCCGCACAAAGGUGAAGGCCGUUUGGAGGUACUACAUAACGGACAGUGGGGUACAGUGUGUGACUCGGACUGGGAUGAUAACGAUGCAACAGUUGUGUGCAAAAUGCUUUCGUCUUACCCAUUUGAGAGGUACAAGAUUAAGCAUACUUUUGAAUUAAGUGGUAUUAAGUUUGAUGUAAGGACUGGCUGGAUCCUUAUUGAAGGUGGGCACCAGUUCAACGUGUAA